UUGAAGGUGUAUUGGUUGGUAGUAGGCUGUUGCGUGGUGUGUAAAUAAGCGAUAAGGGUGGAGGGGUUUGAUUAGGCUUGCAUCUGCUGUUUAUAUUGUAGAAGUAGACAUGUCGCAAGAGCAGGACCAUGGAGACUCAGUCGAGCAAACUCUGAAGGUGGAUGAUGAUGACCUUUUUGCGUCGGCUGUUCAGUCGCCGCUAACGGAGAGCGCCGCCUCGCCGCCACCGCCACGCGCGGCGCCGGAGCCGGAGCCGGAGCCGGAGCGUGGACCGGAGCUAGAGUCGACCCACCUGGCCGACGCCACAGCCGAGAUCAGCCUGGAGGACGACGAGUCGGAGCCGACGGUGUCCGGUGCGCCCCGCCUGGCGCUGGGCGAGCCGGAGCCGGCCGCACGCGAGAACGGCGCCGGCCGCGCCCAGAUCAGCCCCCAGGAAGACGAACUGGAGCGGCAGGAGGAGGAUGAUCAGUUUAUUCAGGUGCAGGUGGUAGAGCCGGUCAAAAUCGGCGACGGCAUGUCCUCCUAUAUGGCUUAUAAAGUCACCACCAAGACCAACGUCUCCUAUUUCACGCGGCAACACUUCUCGGUGAUGCGUCGCUUCAGCGACUUCCUCGGCCUGCACGACAAGCUAGUGGAGAAGCACAUCCGCUCCGGUCGCAUCGUGCCGCCGGCGCCCGAGAAGAGCGUCAUCGGCACCACCAAGAUCAAGAUCGGCAGCGGGGGCGGCAGCGGUGGCGGCGGCGGCGGCGGCGGCACCCACGACCACACGGGACCGAACGAGUUCAUCGAGCGGCGCCGCGCCGCGCUGGAGCGCUACCUGAACCGGACGGCGGCGCACCCGACACUGCGCGCCGACCCAGACUUCCGCGAGUUCCUCGAGCUCGACGCCGAGCUGCCGCGCGCCACGCAGACGUCCGCCCUCAGCUCGGCCGGCGUGUUACGGCUCUUCAACCGCGUCGGCGAGACCGUCAGCAAGAUUGCCUUCAAGAUGGACGAGUCAGACGUGUGGGAGGGCCAGUGGUUCGAGGAGCGCGUGCAGCAGGUCGAGUCGCUGGACGGCCAGCUGCGCAAGCUGCACGGCUCGGUGGAGGCGCUGGUGCUGUACCGGCGCGAGCUGGCCAGCAGCACGGCGCAGCUGGCGCGCGCCGCCGCCAUGCUCAGUAACGUGGAGGAGCACACGGCACUGUCUCGCGCGCUCAGCCAGCUGUCCGAGCUGCAGGAGCGCGUGGAGCGACUGCACACGCAGCAGGCCGACAACGACUUCUACAUGCUGGCUGAGAUGUUGAAGGACUACGUCAUGCUGCUCGGGGCCGUCAAGGACGUGUUCCACGAGCGAGAGAAGCUGUACCAAACGUGGCAACACGCGCAGCAGACGCUGACCAAGAAGCGGGAGGUAAAGGCCCGCCUGGAGCUGCAGGGCCGCUCCGACAAGCUGCAGCAGCUUACUGAGGAGGUGACCGAGUGGGAGGCGAAAGUGGAGAGAAGUCAGGAGGAGUUCGAGCGCAUCUCCAGGUCCAUCAAAAAGGAAAUGGAGAUGUUCGACUGCAACCGAGUGAAGGACUUCAAGGACUGCAUUGUCAAAUAUUUGGAAACGCUCAUGGCCAAUCAACAGAAGCUGGUGAAGCUGUGGGAGACGUUCCUGCCCGAGGCCAAGGCGAUCGCAUGAGCCCAGGUGGACCCCGCCGGUCCGUGUCAUUCCUCAGUGGUCAGAGAUGAGCCGCGCGCCGGCCGCCGGAGGGCAAGGGGCGGUGCCGGUCUCCGGGCGUGGGGGGAGGUGGGGCCGCCGGGGGCAUUGCUGGUCCCCCAGGGGUGAAGAGGACCCACCCCGCCCCUCCCGGUCAUCAGUUAGCCCUCGCGUUUCUUUUACGACGGUGUAAUUCGUUUAGAGGUGGUGAGGCAGAUGGUGAUGAUGUAUCGCGAGCACACUUAAUCGCUGCGUGGCGGCUCUUUUCGCUUUUGUACAGCUUUUCAGUUUAUUUGCCGACCUGUGAAGCCGAACAAAAGCCGUUGCACAUUGAUAGUCACGGGAAGUUCCAUGUACUACGUUUAUGUCCUGUGAUAUGCAUGAGGAGCUGGGAGACGUAUUUAAACCGUUGUAGAUUAGGUGGCCGCCGUUGGAUCCCGAGCUGGUGAGCCUAAGGAGUGCCUCCGCCGUGUCAGAAGUGGGCGCUUGGCAACCGGGCCGAAAGGAGUUAUCUUCUUUUUUAUUCAUUUCAAAGGGGGGAAGCCCCUAUUUACGUCGAAAGGUUAUCUUGAGAAGUACGUUUUCGAAAAUACAUUGCGUCUCUGUGCUGGG